AUGGCAUCCUCAACACCCGCCCUCUCCUCGCAAGGCGACAACAACACGUGCCACACGUGCCGCAGCAACACAACCAACCCCGUCUCGCCGACCAGCCAGGGCUUUGACCGCCCAGCACUCAUCCGCGCCGAUUCGUCUCCAGCGGAGGCUCGUUCGCCGCAGCCGGGCCUGGCUCCGCCGCCUCCGUCCUUCGGCUUCCAGAGAGCUCCGAUCGACCCUUCCAAGGUCGUCUGCCUCGGCCCUCUGCCGGGCAACGUCACCUUGCCAGGCUACAGUCCCGACCCGCGCCUUCGCGGCCUCGACGUGCCGAGGUCUUCUACGCCGGGCAGCAACUGGUCGCCGGGCAACACGGCGGUGAGCAGCAACCGCAGUGAGAGCUGCGAGCAGCAGCAGCAGCAGGCGAACCGUGGCGGCUUGGGAACGCUGCCGGAGCAUCAACGUAUCGACGCCGAUUUGGAGAUGGUGCAUGUUCCGCAAAUGGCGGAAAGGCGAUAUAGCUGGGAGGAGGAGAGGUCGCAUGGUACACGGGAAUCAUAG